AUGUCCUCGGCCUCCGAUGCCAGCGUCCACUUCCCCCUGCACCUCCUGGUCUGGAACAACGACUACCGGCAGCUGGAGAAGGAGCUGCGGGGCCAGAAUGUGGAGGCUCUGGAUCCACGAGGUCGAACAUUAUUGCAUCUUGCUGUUUCUUUGGGACAUUUGGAAUCGGCUCGAGUCUUGCUUCGACAUAAAGCAGAUGUGACAAAAGAAAAUGGUCAGGGAUGGACAGUUUUACACGAGGCUGUGAGCACUGGCGAUCCCGAGAUGGUGUACACAGUUCUUCAGCAUCGAGACUACCACAACACAUCUAUGGCUCUACAGGGAGUUCCUGAGCUGCUCCAAAAAAUUCUUGAGGCCCCGGACUUCUAUGUGCAGAUGAAAUGGGAAUUCACCAGCUGGGUGCCCUUGGUUUCCAGAAUAUGCCCAAACGAUGUCUGUCGCAUCUGGAAGAGUGGUGCCAAAUUACGUGUCGAUAUCACAUUGCUGGGAUUUGAAAACAUGAGCUGGAUAAGAGGAAGGCGUAGUUUUAUUUUUAAGGGAGAAGACAACUGGGCUGAGUUGAUGGAAGUCAACCAUGAUGACAAAGUGGUCACCACUGAACAUCUUGACCUUUCCCAGGAAAUGGAACGCCUCACUCUGGACCUGAUGAAGCCAAAAGGCAGGGAGGUUGAGAGGCGGCUCACAAGCCCAGUCAUUAACACCAGCCUUGACACUAAAAAUAUUGCCUUUGAAAGAACUAAAUCCGGAUUCUGGGGCUGGAGGACAGAUAAAGCAGAAGUUGUUAAUGGUUACGAAGCAAAGGUGUACACAGUAAACAAUGUGAAUGUGAUAACGAAAAUACGUACAGAACAUCUGACCGAGGAGGAAAAAAAGAGAUAUAAAGCGGACAGGAACCCCCUGGAAUCUUUGCUGGGGACUGUGGAACACCAGUUUGGUGCUCAAGGGGAUCUCACUACGGAAUGUGCCACCACAAACAACCCCACAGCCAUCACGCCUGAUGAGUACUUCAACGGAGAAUUUGAUCUGAAAGACAGGGAUAUUGGAAGGCCGAAAGAGCUGACGAUUAGAACACAAAAGUUUAAAGCAACACUGUGGAUGUGUGAAGAGUUUCCCCUCUCUCUCGUGGAGCAGGUCAUUCCCAUCAUUGACCUAAUGGCUCGAACUAGCGCUCAUUUUGCAAGACUGAGAGAUUUCAUCAAACUGGAAUUCCCACCUGGAUUUCCUGUUAAAAUAGAAAUUCCCUUGUUUCAUGUCUUAAAUGCACGGAUUACAUUUGGAAAUGUUAAUGGCUGUAGCACUGCUGAAGAAACUGUAUCUCAAAAUGUGGAAGGGACCCUGGCUGACUCAGCUUCCCACGUCACAAACUUUGAGGUUGAUCAAUCUGUGUUUGAAAUUCCUGAAUCUUACCAUGUUCAAGACAAUGGCAGAAAUGUGCAUUUGCAAGACGAAGAUUACGAGAUAAUGCAGUUUGCCAUCCAGCAGAGCCUGUUGGAGUCCAGCAGGAGCCAGGAACUUUCAGGACCAGCUUCGAAUGGAGGGAUCAGCCAGGCACAAGCCUACAGCGCCCAGUAUGAGAGGGCCAUCCAGGAGAGCCUCCUCACCAGCACAGAAGGCCCAGGCCUGUGCCCCAGUGCCUUGGGUAAGACAAGCCAGUUUGAUAGCGACUUGCAGCUGGCCAUGGAGCUCUCUGCCAAAGAGCUGCAAGAGCGGGAGCUGCGGCUCCAGGAGGAGGAGGCAGAGCUCCAGCAAGUUUUACAGCUGUCACUCACUGAGAAAUAGACUUUCCUCCCACAGGCUGCACAGAGGCUCUGGGCUGCAUGUGAGCUCUGCGUCAACCAAGGCCCCGGGGCUGAGGACCUGUACCUUGUAUGUGUGCAGCAGAUGGCAGCUUGCCCCUUCUUUAUGAGAGGUGCAGGACCAGGGACUCCCAGGCCCAUCCAGGAUGCUCCCUGGAGUUGAAAAGGGGCCAGGAUUGGCAGGCCUCAUUUCCAGGCUAAGGAGAGGAGAGCAUCGUCACUUUCCAUUAGCUGCACUGGCUUGCAGGUCACAGUUUUACUACCAGCUUUAGACAAAAACCCCAAUCCCUACAGGUUUGUAGAUAAAUUUUUAUCAGGAAGUGGUAACAAAACAAGUUAUUGCAGAAUCAGGGUGCUUUUAUAUAUGACAGCAGCAGCAGCAGCAGCCUUUGUAGAGUGUGGUUUAUGAGAAUCUGAGAUACUUCUUUAGUGUUCACCAAAGAAAUGGGUAAUCUGUGCUGAUCUACUCUUUAUUUUUACCUUUUGCAGGGUUUCUAGGACAUUGUCAUUAUUCUUCCUCAUCUCACCUUAUUCCAUUUCUUCCACCCCUGGCUAAAGUUAAAGAGGGGAUAUGUACAGGAUCUAUUUUAGAUUAUGGUUAACUAUUUGCAUCAAAUUAAGAUAUACAAAUGACCAUGGAUGUUGCCUUAGCCUUAAAAAUUACUAGUAGUUUCAAACCACCUCACUUUAGUUGUUGAGGGAUCUGAUUUGAAUUUGUAAAGGCAAUUCCUUUGAGAGCAGGAUCCUCCAGGCUAAAUCAAAGGCAGCUAAUCCUGUCCCUGAAGGAGCAGCUAGAGGAACCUAAGUCUUGUUCUUGAGUGGACAAGCUGGCCAAAAUACUGGAACAGCAUAGAACCAAACCAAGUGUGUGUUCUACACCUGCUCUGGUGAAGGUUUUCCACGUAGAUGCCUAGAAAGAACCCACUGCAUGCCCUAGUCUCACUUGCGAGGAAGGGAUGGUUUUGAAAUUAGAAAGGGAGCUUAAAACGGAGCUCAGUGGCUCUUCAUUCAAAAGGGAAAACGAUGAUUCCACAUUGCUUUUUAGAGUUCAAAUCAACAUCUUUCUGGAUAAAUAUAUUUUUUAACAGAAUCUUUUUAUUAUUUUUAAAAGAUAUAAAAAUGACUACUCCCAUCAGUAGCAAUACAAGGUUAUAAAUUUUAACCAGAUUUUCUCAGGCCUUUUUUGGAUACCUUUAGUAGUUAACUAUUUUGUCUAACCCUCCUGUAAAUAAUCAUCACACAACAUACAGAACCCUGGGGAAUACAGCUGAGGGCACCCUCACCCUGGGCCAAGUAUUCAUUCCCACAGGCUGCACUGAAAUAACCUGGUAAAUAAUAUCUUCCUCUGUUUGCAUCUGUUUCCUCUGUUGGCUUCUUUUGGGUUAGGAAGAGAAACAUAAACUACCGUUCCAGUUAACAUCUGUAUCAUACAGUUAGUGUUGCCAGUGAAACGUUCCUAGAUAGACACAAAGACUUGUGCUUUUAAUUCCAUGUAACCAUCUGCCUUUUUUGUCAUGGUCUGACCAAAAUUUUUUCUCUGCACAUGAGGCCAGUAUAGGCAACAUCACAUUGUUUCGAAUACACAGCUUGGCAUUUUGUUUACUUGGUGUUUACUGUGAGUGAAGAUCUUCUUGGGAAUGGCUGCAAUUAUGCCACAUUGUUUACUCACGAAGGUGAAUCAUAGUUAAUUUCUAUGUUUGCAUUCCAUUGCUCUGCUUCCCGAGGUCUUUGACUUUCUCCCCAGGAAUUCACUUAAAAAGGGACGUGAGCAUUAUGUUGAUCUGUUGCAGCAUUUUUCAUGUGUUCACUCUUAAAAUGCAAAUAAAGACUGCUUCCUUAGAGGGUGCUCAUACAAUAUUGUA